AUGGAGGAAAGACACGUUCUACCACCCCAACCCACCCUCGGCUCUGCGUCGGCGGAUAUGGGGACGAGCACUGUGAGCAGCAUGUCGCGUCUAUGGAGGUCAAACCAGAGCUCAAAUAGUGCUGCUGCUUCACCAAACCCCGCCGCAAAGACUUUCGUGGUGCCCCUGUUCCUGGCCACGUCCCGUCGCUCUGCCCGAAACGAUAUGUUCGCGCGUGGUGCAUUGCCCGCCAGCACAAGGUCGAGGACUUCAACACGUUCAGUCAUAGAGAGUGCGCCUUCCGGGGCUGUGGAAGCUCCACCUCUGUCAGUUCGACGAGAUGAUGAGGACGAGCAGUCAGACAUGUACGCAGGUAGCCUGCGGGAUCAGCCGUCUGUCGUUGAGUCAAUCGAACCGAUACCACUUGCCCGGAAUAUGGACGAUGAGCCGACCCCUUCCGAACGUCAAGCCAUGCGGUCAUAUCGAAACGGCAGCAGUACGAGCGGCAGCAGUCGUUCCUCAAAAAGAAGAAAGACAAAAUACGGCAUUUUCUCGAGGAAGUCAUAUCGUGACCCAGAUGUCAACGCAAAGGCAAGAAUCAGCUUCGCAUUUGGUGUCACUUUGUUGGUCGCGGUAGUCAUUUAUUUGGUCCUCGGGACUACCACGAGUGUGGGCAGAAAUACCAUGUUCCAUGUCCUCUCCAUCCUUCUGAUCUUGACCUUGACUGGGAUCUUCAUCCAUCAACUCCUUCGCAUGUGCAUGCUCAUGCGACGACCGCGGAGGUCGAGACAUCGGACAGCGCACGGAACCCGACGCCGGCAUUUGGCAGGACAAACUGGAGGCCGUCGUGAUAGAAGAGAGAGACAAAACGGGCGGACUGAAGACCUGAUUCUUGAAAAGCCCAUCCAGAUACACAUGUCCACGGACACCGGCUUCAGUCCAGAUGUGGAAAAUGCAGCUCCAAUUCGAGUUCCACCACCUGUGUAUGGUAAUACGCGAACAAGCAUGAGGCUGAACCCGGACUUAGUCCAUUGGAAGGAAGUCCAAAUCCCGCCCACACCUUUGACGCCUACGUAUGAGGAGGCGCUGAACCAGGUACAUCAGACUGUCGGAUAUCGUCCACCAAGCUACUUGUCGGAGAGUGGUACGACAGUAGCCCUGGAGAAUCGGGCCAGGGAUGUUGAUGCUGCGCUUGAAAACAUUCAUCCCUUGGAGCGCGAACGGAUGAGGACGUUGACAGCUGCUGCGCUAGAGGGUUCCGACGCUGAUCAUGUGUAG